AUGACUGCCGCCGAAGUUCAUGCUGCGGACAUUAGUUCCAAAGCCAUCAAGAUUCAACAUCAGCUAGCCCAGUACCUCGACAAAUACGUUUCAGAUAACCAAAAGUCGCUGCAAUGCAACAAGGAGGCGUCCGGCUCCUUGCCAGGAGGAACAACCCGCUCCGUUCUCUACUAUGAACCUUUUCCACUGGCGUUUUCGGGAGGCCAUGGUUGCCAUUUAACGUCCAUGGACGGGGAGGAAUACCUUGACUUUCUCUCUGAGUACUGCGCUGGCAUGUUUGGUCAUUCGCAUCCCGACAUCAUCGCUGCGAUUGAGAGUGUUACCAAGUCCGGAUUUACCCUCGGCGGACCCGGACCUAAAGAGGGCGAGCUGGGAAAGUUGCUUGUGGAUCGGUUCCCAAGUAUCGACGCCAUCAGGUUCUGUAACUCAGGUACAGAGGCCAACACCAUGGCCAUUGCUACCGCUCUGCACUUUAUUGGGAGGAAGAAGAUUUUGGUUUUCGAAAAUGGCUAUCACGGUGGCACACUAGCCUUCACGCCAGGAAACCCGUUGAUUCUCCCUCAUGACUUCGUGCACGGUCGAUACAACGACAUUGAGUACACACGCCCUCUCAUUACUGAAGAACUCGGCAUCAUCAUCGUCGAGCCGCUUCAAGGCGCAGCCGGCAUGUUCGCUGGAACGAAAGAGUUCCUCCAAUUUCUCAGAGACGAGGCCACUCGCGUCGGCGCUAUCUUGAUCUUUGACGAAGUCAUUACCUCGCGCCUCAACUACGGCGGUCUGCAAGAAAUCCACGGAAUUGUUCCCGACAUGACAACAAUCGGCAAACACUUCGGAGGCGGUUUCUCCUUCGGUGCCUUUGGCGGAAGGAAGGAAAUCAUGGACCUGUACGACCCGUCGUCUCCCACGAGCCUGCAUCACUCCGGCACCUGGAACAACAACAAAUUCUCCAUGACGGCAGGUGUUGCUGCGACGAAGCUGCUUUCGAGAGUAGCUCUCGAUAAGAACAAUGGCCUUGGCGACAAGCUGAGGGACGGACUUGGCGCUCUUUUCAAGGCCAAGGACGAGUCGAUACUUACUCUGAGUGGGUUCGGCAGCGUCAUUGGAGUGCACUUCAACGGACCCUCGGCAGAUAACCUACGAGACUUAUUUUUCUUUUACAUGCUGAGCAAGAGGAUUUACGUCGGUCGCCGGGGAUUUCUUGCGUUGAACAUUACCCACGAGGAGGAACAUGUUAACAGGGUACUGGCAGCGGCAAAGGAAUUUAGUGAUGAAGUAUUGUAA